AUGUCUCCCGGUCGGGACUCACCUAUGCUAAAUUACAAUUCCAUCAUGACACAGGUUCAGCAGCACCUAGGCCUCUUGUCACUUUUAAUACCUCUUAUCGGUAUCACAACAGGAGCCCUGAAGCUGAACAGCACUGCCAUAUUCACCAUCAACACGGUCGCUUUGAUUCCACUUGGAUCAUGGAUUAACCGAUCAGUCGAUGCGCUGUCCGUAGGUGGUAGCCGAGCUGUCAAUGAAGUGCUGAAAUCGACACUGGGAAACUCGGUGGAAUUAAUGAUCGGAAUUAAUGCGAUCGCACAAAAUCGAUUGCACAUAUCCCAGUCCGUGAUACUUGGAAGUGUCCUCAGCAACUUAUUACUGGUCCUCGGCAGCACCAUUUUCGUCUCAGGCUAUGACCAAAAGCGACUCCGGUUCGAUCGCACCCUCACAACAGUCCUCUCCUCCCUCAUGAUGGUUGUCUUUAUCCUCCUCGCCCUCCCCACCAUAAUGGACGUCUUCCCAUCCGCCAAAGCCACCCCGGAAGACCAAAUCCUCGUGACGCAACGCGUAACAGCCAUUAUCCUUGUCAUUCUGCUCCUUACAUUUCUCAUCUUCCGCCUCGGCACUCAUGCAGCCAUGUUCGCCAGCACCCCGUUCAGCCAGCGAGACCAGGCCCGUAACGGCAAUCAGUCUCGCCAGAACCACAUCGUCGAGGCUCAGAUCCCGCAGCCGUAUAUUGGCAAGGGUCCAGCAGCUAUAAUCCUAGCAGCUGCAUCCACAUCUGCGCUUGCGUGCGCGUAUUACAUAGUCAGCAGUUUGAAGGGGGUCGCCUCGAUCACGGGUAUGAACCAGUCUUUCCUUGCAGUGACACUUGUUCCUCUACUCGGAAAUUCGGUCAAGUAUCGCUCUAUCGUGGUGGGAUCCCGGACUUUCAAUCAGAUCGAGCUUGGGAUUAGGGCGGUUAUUAACAAUGUGUUGCGGAUUACGAUGCUUAUUGCUCCGCUGCUGGUUCUCGUUGGUUGGGCUUUCGAGCGGCCGCUUAUUCUUAGGUUUGAUGGGUUUGAGGCUACAACGCUUUUGCUUAGUGUUGUGGUUAUGACUUAUCUUAUUUCUGAUGGGCGGAGUAAUUACUUCGAGGGGUUGAUGUUGAUUGGAACAUACAUUAUCAUUACAUUCUCGUUCUUUGUUAGGCCUGAGGUGCCGGUGAAUGUCAUCUUCCUGGGUGUUUAA